CGCCAAUCAGAUCUACCCCAGAUUCCUUUGCGCUUGGACCAUGUUCGUCACAUGUGGGGGACUAAACUAGAGCUACCUCACAAACCCAAACACCAAACAACAACAUCACUUUACUCCCCGACGAUGAAGCGACUGGUGCGCAACUUCAUUGCAGCUGGCGCGCUUGUGCUUGUCUCGAUCAUCUUCUUUGCGAAUCGGCAGACAGACUUUGAGGUCUUUUCUGCCAAGGGGUGGAGGGUCGGCGUGGGAGGCAGCGAAGUUGCCGAGGACGUCUCGUUGCCUUCGCCGCCGAAACCUCAAUCGAAUGCUCCACCAAGUCCGCCCACUCCACCAAGUCCACCUACACCUCCAAACCCCCCGGAACCUCCAAAGCCUCCGCAGCCUGCGAUACCUGCGAUACCCUCUCCCCCUUCUCCACCUCCGCCUCCACCUCCACCACCCCCGAGCCAACCAAGCCCGCCGCCGCUCGUCUCGCCCUUGCUACCGGCCCCAGACUUCAAGGAUGGCGAUGCUCCUACCAUCCCUUCCCCGCCAAUUGCACCGCAAAUACAAGAUUCAAAGGGUCUAGGGGAUGAUGACGUGCCUAAAAUUCCCUCGUUUCCGGCAGCAGACAAUGCCCAACCGUCUGCGCCAGGGACUGCCUUCCAAGCAGAGUUCCCUUUCCAAAACGACCUCACCAUCGAACUCCCCGUCACCAACCUCCAAGGACUCAGCAAACAUGCCCCCCAUAACUACAAUCCUUCAGGUCCGCCGUCCUAUGCCUACGCCACCUUCAUGGCAACCCGCAAUCCCUCGCUCAAAGACCCUUACUACCUCGCCAUUCACUCCCUAAUCCACCGCGUUCUCUGGUCCGACCGAACAAGCUCCGCAAAACACCCCUUCAUAGUCUUCGUCGCGGAUUUCGUCACCCCACAACAACGCGCCCUUCUCGCCGGCGCAGGGGCAGUCGUUCGCGAGCUCGCCCCCUUACCCUGGAAUCCAAACGUCCCUGGCGUCCAAGCCCGCUGGAAAGACCUCUUCGCGAAACUUAACAUGUGGAACGAAACUUCUUUCUCGCGCAUUCUUUUCCUUGACGCCGACGCCUUCCCCCUCUCCAACAUCGACGCCAUGUUCGACGCCGCGCCGCUGCAGGAAUGCGUUCCCGCGAAACUCACACCAGAUGAUAGACUGGCAGAAGAUGGCACGCCUGUCUGCGAACCCUAUGUUUUUGCGGGUGUACCGCAACAACCGUUCAAUUCUUCCUCUCCCAAUGUCAACGUUGGAAGCAUGGUCUUCACACCUUCCAAACAUAUGCACGCCCGUUUGCUGCAAAAUUACGUCAAAACCGAUCGCUACGAUUGUCUCAUGGCCGAACAAGCUUUCUUGAACUGGCAAUUCGAUCCGCUUGGCGCGUUCCCUCCCACCUUACUGAAAAGAGAAUGGGGCGGUUUCUUCCCCAAAGAAGACGAGGAAGGCAAACUAAAGGUCGUGCACGAGAAAUUAUGGUCGCAGGCGGAGACGAGCUGGAUGACCAAGGAGUGGCUGAAAGGAUGGAAGGAGUUGGAAUCAUUCUAUACGAGUGAGGGUUUUGCCAAGUUGAGGGGAGUCGACGAUGGAGUUGAUGGAUUGGGCUAGGUGUACCGGGAUAGAAAGAGUGGUGUAUGAUUAUUUCAGUUGCGCAUUUACCGUAUACAUGUAGGUGUUUUGUCGAUCUCUGUUGGCGACUCAUGUUGGAUUGCUGUUGGAUGAAUAUUGUAGAUACCCUAUCAUUGAACAUACAAUGUUGUUUAUGGCUUAUCUGGGACUUGGUACUCUUUUUUCCCCCAUUUCAUCGUCGUGUAGUGCCUUUGAACCUAUACUUUUUCUUCUGCGACCAUUGGGGCCGCAGCUACGAAGCACCAGAAUUCCGUAGUCAUCUCAUAAGGGCCUGUACAACAAAAAAUUACCCAGUCCCUCUUCUUCCAUGGAAUCUAUGGAGGAACAAUUUGGUUCAGUAUGCGACACCACAACCAGUCUGUAAAUCAGUCAUUUUGCUCUUUUUUCUUUCUUUUGGGAGUUGAAAGUUUCGAUCUUACACAAGGCGAAAAACAUAACUAUAGGAGCACCAAAAACAACAAUCAGUAACCACAAACGACAGUCACACCCACAAGACUCCCAGAACUCUUCUCGGCCAUAAUCCGGAUAAAGUCCCAGCCCAGCCAGCCUCACCUCAACCGCAAUCGCACACUUCAUAAAGAUGACGCCAUGAAACGAUUUCCUCUCGAUGAAUAAUCUCAGCUGCCAAGCUAGCCGAGAAAAUCACAAACAUCCGCGCCCUACAACUCUAGAACCUCAACUACUAUCCGUGCAACGGGUUCAGCUACCUCGUGGGGUGUGAGUAAGCAAUCUAUCGAUCAAAUCUAGAAAAAUAAUGUUCUCACGGACGGUAGCGAUCGUCAGCAACGUUGUGUAUCUAGAUUGACAAGCCUUGCCAAGCCGUGCAUUUCAGCUAGGUGGGAACUUUGCUCGUGCUGAAGCCGAGAUAUCGUGAGGUUCUGGACUGAGUUUUUGCAGGACCUCGUUGACGAGCGAAUGGUUAUGCGUC